AUGGCUUUGAAGGUAGCAUUCCUAGGCCCAUUGGCGUCUUUCUCCCACCAGGCAGCUGCAGAAUCCUUUGGUCGACUCUCAGCCGAUCUGCAACCAAAAGCCUCCUUCAAUGAUGCUUUUGCUGAACUCCAAGAAAAAAAGGCAGACUACGCCGUGAUCCCUUGCGAGAACUCAACAAAUGGCUCCGUCGUCCAGACUCUAGAUCUUCUGGCAGAUCGUGACAAUUUAUAUAAAGACGUGAAAGUCUGUGGUGAAUAUUACUUGACGGUGCACCACUGUUUGCUUGCGCGCAAGGGCACAUAUCCCAGCUGGGCGGAUUAUGAUGGCUCGAUAACCAAGCUUUACACGCACCCGCAAGCGUGGGGCCAGUGUGAAACAUUCCUUGGGAAAUACUUCAAGGGUGUCGAGAGACAGGACGUUUCGUCUACGUCUAAAGGUGCGGAAAUCGUUUCCAAGGAGAGUUCUGAGCGCGGCGGUGCCAUUGCUAGUCGCUUUGCCGCGGAGCAUCAUGGCACCGAUAUCUUGGUAGAAAACAUUGAGGACCGGGCGGAUAAUACUACUCGGUUCUUAAUUUUGAGAAAUGUUCUCGUGGAGCGAACUGCUCAGCUUGAAUUCGAGCAGUCGAAUCCGCCCACAGAGGGCUCUGGUCUUGAGACUAUGCACAAGACUUUGAUUUCUUUCACAAUCGACCAUUCCUCUGCCGGUGCAUUGGCCAAUGCACUGCUCAUCUUCAAGAAUCAUGGCUUGAACCUGACCAGUAUCAACACAAGACCAAGCUUGAAGAAGCCUUGGCAAUAUAUCUUCUUCGUCGAGUGUGGACGGACACUCUCAGAGGAGAACAAGGAGGCUGUUAACAAGGCUCUCGAUGAUUUGCGAAAAGUGACAGAGUCAUGUAGAGAUUUGGGUACUUGGAAAGACCAAUUGAGUGUUGAAGCUUGA